CGAGGAGCCUGGGAAGCCCGGAGCCUGAAAACCCUUGACCAGAGCCGGCGGCGGGAGCUAAGAGGCCCCGCCCUCGUCUGGGAGCGCUCUCCCUCCCUUCCCCAGCCUCGGGGCCCUGUACGAGACCAGGCCCUGGCUGCGGGCCCAUGACUCGAGCUGGGCCUCCCUCUCCGCUUCAGAGUGCACACCGGGCCCCUCCGCGGCGGCCUCGGCCCUGGCUCCCUUCUCGGCCCUGGCUCCCGUCUCGGCCCUGGCUCCCGCUGCAGCGGAAGUUCGGACGGAGAUACGAGCGGGAAGAGACAGAGGCGAGGUCGAGGACGAGGCCCCCGCUGGGCCGGGAUGGCAGCGGCCGCAACCGAAGCCGCAGCCGCAGCCGCAGCCGCAGGCGCUCGGGAAUGGGGCCCCUCACUUCCCGGAGCGCAACAGAAGGCGAUCCCAUGACGGAUCCCAUUGUGAUUUCGGAUGACAGCGAUGACGAGCCUCGCGAGGGUCCGGGCGCUGCCGACAGCGCUGGGCGAGUCCGCAGGUCUCGGCGGACCCGGACUCGUAGCGGACACCGGACCCAAGGAGCCGCAUCCGCCUGCAGUUCCCAAGCUGUGGUGGAUUUCAUCGACUUAACCAAAGACACUGACCCAGUAGUGAAGGCUCCCAUUGGACUCAUUGUGAUAGAUCUGACAAGGGUAGAGGAGGAGGAGGAGAAAAAGAAUCUCUUUAACUGUGCUUGUGAGAACAAUAUGAACCUAGAUCUGGACGCUGUCUCUUGUUCCCAAAAGAAGCAUUCCCCUUUUGUAGCAGGUGGCAACUGUCCCAUCAAACGUGAGUUGGCACAGCAGAAUGACAAAGACUCUCAGCUCCUGAAGAAAGAAGUGUGUGACGAUCUAACUUCUGCUCAGGACCCAAUUCAGGGCACUGAAUUUGAAGAUUGCAUCUCUCCAGUAUCCAGUGGUGAGAAUUGUGUGUGUAGCCCAAAGCAGAACUGUAGUACAACUACCUUUAACAAUGACCUGGGUUCUUUGGCAAGUUUACAGAUCUCCUCAGAUGUUUUCUCAUUCUCUCCAAAUAGCAGCAGCAGUGACAGUAAUAAGCAAAAUGCAUCAGUGCCCUGUAUCCUAGAAGGUUCACCUGACCCAUGCCCUAGUGACUGGCAGAAUAAGAAUAGCCCUGCUGACAGCACUAGUCUACUCCAGGAAGACCUCUCUCACCUUCCACAGUGUUUCUCCACAGAGCGGGUUCCCCGGGUUUCUGCCCUGGAGACCCAAAAUAAGACAGAGAAGCCUGUGCCGACGGAUGCCAUCCCAGAGCCUGUGGCAAUAAAGCCUCCAGUGGUGGACUUACCCAGGAAACCCUGUCUGCACAAAUUAAGAUAUUUCCUUAGACCUCCAGUGCAUCACCUCUUCUUCCAGGCACUGAUACAGGACAAAGAAGUCACAGAGAACAAGAAACCAAAGAGAGAGCCCAUUCCCCGACGAAGACUGCGAAUGGUGGUCAGCACCAUUGAAGAGAACGUCCCACAAGAGACUUUGCAUUUCCUCAUGGACUUUGUGUCCCCCCAACAUUACCCACCCAAGGAGAUUGUAUCCCAUGUCAUCAAGAAUAUCCUACUAGGCUCUGGAAGUAUGGCUAUCAUGAAAGAGGCCUACAUGCUUCUAAUGAAAAUUCAACAGCUACAUCCAGCCAAUGUUGCCUCUGUGGAGUGGGACUGGAACCUGCUCACUUAUGUGAUGGAAAAAAAGGAGGAAGAGGUGCCUGGCCGAAUAUUCUUUUUGCGCUAUGUGGUGCAGACCCUGGAAGAUGAUUUUCAGCAGGUCCUGAGGCGUCAACAGCAUCACCUGCAACAAUCCAUUGCAUGUAGUAUGCUUUCCUGUGAUAAGCAGCCCCACAACGUCAGGGAUAUCAUCCAGUGGCUGGUUGAAGCUGUGACUAAGGAUGGAUUUGAUCAGAAGGAAGGCCAUCAACAAACCUUUUCAGGAAGCCCCCAGGACAAGAGUGGCAACCACCAAUACCAACCUUUCCCUGGAAAAGGCAGCAGUCAAUUGGCAGUUUUACAUCUCCAGAGGAUGCUAUCUCUGGCUGUUGAGGUGGACAGGACCCCUACAUGCAGCUCAAAUAAAAUUGCAGAGAUGAUGUUCGGAUUCGUGCUGCAUAUUCCUGAAAGGAGCCAGAGGGAAAUCUUCUUUACAACCAUGGAGAGUCACCUUUUACGCUGCAAAGUACUAGAGGUUCUAUUCCUCCACAGCUGUGAAAAGCCUACUUCCCUACCACUGUCUCUCGCCCAGACCCUCCAUUUCCUCAACCAUUCAACAUCACUGCUCAAGAGUCAGUCUGAUAAAAGCGAAUGGCAGAGUUGGGAUGAGCUGCUUGAUCAUCUGCAGUUUCUCUUAUCUAGUUAUCAGCACGUGUUAAUAGAACACUUGAGAACUUCAGUCACUGAAAGGAAAGAUCUGCUUAUCAAGAAGAUUAGGCCCCAUCUACAGGAAGGUGAUGAUAUCACUGCAGUGGAUGUAGAAGUGGAGUUUGAGGCUUUCCGAGUCCGACUAGCCCGAGAGCUUGGGGAACCCCUAGUACCCCAGCUCCAGGAGAAGAUAUUCAUGCUCAAACUCCUCCUCCUCUGUGCUACCAACAGGAACUUCUUGCCAGAAAACAGGCUUCAGUAGGGCGAUGGACAUUAGUGGCUUUUGCAGCAGAAGGAGUUCAUAGGUUACUGCAACCUAUCUUUCGUCCAGUUUUUCAACAACUAUUUUGUAACCCUUUACAGAAAAAUCUCACAUUAUAGUGAAUUCAUCAUAGGCAUUUACCAAGAUGAU